AAUCAAAAUAUUGGUCUGUAUUUAGUGCGAAGCUGCAUGUAAAUAUUUUUGCAGAAAUAUUUUGUUUUGGUGAAAAUUUGUAUCAAGACAGAAAACAACAUUUCAGUCAUCUAAAAGAAUGCCGGAGAAGGAGAAUGACAAUGUGCGGGUAUGUGUGCGAUGUCGUCCCAUGAAUGAUAAAGAAAAGGGGCAAGGAUGCACACAAGUUGUUAAUGUUGACACAGUAAGGAAGACAAUCACAGUGGACCACAAAGAUCACACAAACAAAGGAGAACCUCCAAAAACAUUCUCAUUUGAUCAAGUAUAUGCUCCUGACAGUAAACAGCUUGAUCUCUACAAUGAAACAGCAAGACCUAUUGUUGACUUUGUCUUGGAGGGAUAUAAUGGAACUAUAUUUGCAUACGGACAGACAGGGACGGGUAAAACAUUCACAAUGGAGGGUGUCAGAGCUGUACCAGAACUUAGAGGAGUCAUACCCAACUCAUUUGCUCAUAUAUUUGGUCAUAUAGCCAAAGCAGAAGGAGAUACUAGGUUUCUGGUGAGAGUCUCAUACCUAGAGAUUUACAAUGAGGAAGUUAGAGAUCUGCUUGGCAAGGACCAACACCAGAGGUUGGAGGUAAAAGAAAGACCAGAUAUCGGUGUAUAUGUAAAAGAUCUAUCAGCUUUUGUUGUAAACAAUGCAGAUGAUAUGGAUCGUAUAAUGACUUUAGGAAACAAAAACAGGGUAACAGGUGCCACAAAUAUGAAUCUUCAUAGUUCGAGAUCUCAUGCAAUUUUCACAGUAACUAUAGAAUGCAGCGAGAAAGGUCCUGAUGGCGAACAGCACGUCCGAGUGGGAAAAUUGCAUUUAGUAGAUUUAGCGGGUUCUGAAAGGCAAGCGAAGACAGGAGCUACAGGCCAGCGCCUGAAGGAAGCAACAAAGAUUAACCUGUCACUGUCUACAUUGGGUAAUGUGAUCUCAGCACUUGUGGAUGGCAAGAGCAGCCAUAUACCAUACAGAAACUCUAAACUUACACGUCUCCUGCAAGAUUCUCUUGGUGGCAACUCCAAAACUGCUAUGAUAGCAAACAUUGGUCCUGCUGAUUACAACUAUGAUGAGUCUAUCAGUACAUUACGUUAUGCUAACAGAGCUAAGAAUAUCCAGAACAAAGCCAAGAUUAAUGAAGAUCCCAAAGACGCUCUUCUCAGACAGUUCCAGAAAGAAAUUGAAGAACUCCGUAAACAAUUAGAAGAAGGAGUGACAGAUAGUGAAGGAUCAGAGGAAGAGAGUGAAGAAGAAGUUAUUGGAGAAGAUGGAGUGAGGGUUAGAAGGAAAAAGAAGAAAACAAAGAAAGGAGAGCAAUUAGGUAAACAUAUCUCAAAAGAAAAAAUGGCAGAAAUUCAGGCAAAGAUAGCAUCAGAUCGUCGUAAAUUGGAGGAACAGAAAGAUAUGGCAGAGGAAGAAAGGAACAAAGUUCAAGAUGAUCUCUUGGAAAAAGAAUCUGAACUGAAAAAAUAUCAAGAGGAACAGGACGCUCUGGCACAGAAACUGGCAGCUAUAGAGAAGAAGAUUAUAGUGGGUGGGGAAAACUUGCUGGAAAAGGCCGAGGAACAAGAGAGAUUGCUGGAGGAAAGUGCCUUAGAAUUACAGGAGAGAAAAGUUAAAGAGGAAAAACUACGCAAGCAAUUGCAAGAAAAAGAGCAAGAACGUUUGGACAUAGAGGAGAAGUAUUCCAGUCUCCAAGAAGAAAUAACGGGUAAAACAAAGAAAUUGAAGAAAGUUUGGACUAUGCUGAUGCAAGCCAAGUCAGAGAUAGCAGAUUUACAACAAGAACAUCAGCGUGAGAUGGAAGGGUUGUUAGAAAAUGUCCGUCAGUUGUCGCGGGAGCUCAAGCUACAGAUGACUGUAAUAGACAACUUUAUACCUCCAGAAUAUCAGGAAAUGAUAGAACAACAUGUAGCCUGGAAUGAUGAUAUAGGAGAAUGGCAGCUAAGAUGUGUGGCUUACACUGGUAACAAUAUGAGAAAACAGACACCACAACCUGAUAAAGACAAAGAGAAGGGCCAGGAACCAGAUCUAUCCAACAUUUACCUCGCCUACACUGCUGAAGGGGCACAGCAAGCCAUGAAACAGAAGUCAUCCAAAUCAUCCAGACCAAAGUCAAGUCGACCAAAAUCUUCAAGACCAAAAUCAUCCAAGAAGAAGCGGAAUAAAGAUGCUGAGAUAGACUCGGUUUUGCAGUGACUUUACCAUGCAGCUUUUGCCUUACUACUUCUAGACAUGUAUCUCUACUGGAGUUGUCUCUACCUGACCUGGUUAAUUGAUGGAGAAGUGGGGCCAUUGUCACUUGCAGCUUUUAUAGACUUACAUGGGAAUCAUGUAUACCCCUGGCUGAAUUUAAGAACUUUAGCGGCAGUGGCAACAUUUGUUGUUAUCAUAUCCAUGUGGCUUUUGUCAUUCUUCUUUUUGAGACAUACUGCUUGAAAAUGACUCGCUAUAUUAUGAUCUGAAUACUUUUAACUUUUACAUGGAAAGUCCUUUAUUUUCCAUUGCAUGAAAAUAUCUCAUUGGAUAACAUGGUUUUGGACCAAGUGAAAGAUUUAGUGACCAGUUAUUUACUAUUAUUUUCUUUGUAAUAAUUUUUAUGCAUAUUACAUCAAGCUUAAUAUCAUAAUAAAACACUGACUUGUUUUGCCACAAAUAUUGAAUAAAAACCUCAAGAACCGUAUGGAAGUUGAGGACCAUCAAAGUGGAGAGAUAUUUUGUCAAUCAUUUUGAUAUACAGUUUACUAUACAGUUUCAUGCAUUGGUUGUUGGUAAACAGUCAUGUAGUGUAAAUCUCUGAUUUAAGCAUUGGAUGUCCCAAGCCUAGCCUGGCUUCAUACCAAACAAAAAUCCAAUCCUGCCAUUGGUAAAGAAAACACAAUCAGUUGUUAAGAUGUUUAUUGGCCUGCAGUAACAUUGAAGUUGGGAUCUAUGGCUGUAAAAUUGAUAUUUGAGACCAGUCUGGGAACACUGCUUUGCUACUGGUCAAAUGCUUAAAUUUUUAGGCUGGUCCCCAGAUAUAAAUUUUUUAGGCCUUAGAUGCUUAAAUCUUCAUUGCAACAAGAAAUGAGACAUUUUUUAUAAAAUAUAUAUAUAUAUAUAAUGCUAUUGUUAAUCUUUGUAAGAUGAUUGUCUGUGGUCAGUAGAUGACCCCUAUUAUUUUGAUUGCCAGUAGAUCAUUAGGUCAAAAGUCAGGGUAACUACCCAGUUGCUUUCUUGGGCAGGAUCGCUUGAGGCGUUUGUGUUUUACAAAGGGUUCUUGUUCAGUUGAAGCCUCUCUAUAUUCCAGGUUUAUUCGCGAAAAGUAAUAACAGAAUUACUGAAAAGCUACAACCUUUAGUUUAAAUUGUAAAGAAUGUUCACUGAAAUGAAUGUCAGGCAGAGUAAUGCUUCCAGGAACAGACCUCUGCUGCAAAUUGGAAGUACCAUGCUUGCAAAUAGUUUUAGCUGAAAUACGUAAUUUUUUUGUGAACUUGCUAGUAUGUGCCAAAAGAUCUUGUGAAAGCGAGAAUAGUUUGGUGUUCAGAUUUAUUAGGAUGAAAUUUUACCCAGAAAUAUUUGAAUGGUGAAACAUUACAUUCUUGGUAUGAAUUUGAAAGAAAGUCUCCUUUAUUUGUUAAGGAGAAAGUUGAAUUAAAAGUAAAAAUAAAUUCAAAAAGAUACAAAGAAAAUUUUGAAUACAAGUACCUGGUAAUCACGGGAUUGUAAAAAAGAAAUAAGAAGAAAAUGUGCAUGAUAUGUUUAUUUCUGGUAAAUAUGUUUGUAUGGUGUUUUACAUCAAGGUUGUCAUUUAUUCACAUCUUCUUGUUAAAAGUUGUUAAUUUUUAUGUACAUAAAGAUGUAGUCAUCAAUUUUUGAUAUACAAUGAAUAAUAUAUGUUUAGAUCUUUUUUCUUUGUUUAGUAUUCACAUGUUUAAAAGAAUGGUUGUGAAUUUCUCACACAAAAAAUAAUUGACAACAUGAAACCUUUUUGUUUCUCUUUCUCUAGAAGUCAUUUCUGAUGCUGCAUUGUGUUGUAGAUGCAUUUUGUCAGAAUAUGUUAUUUACAUGCACGGCUGUCUAUAUCCGACAUGUAUGUGGAGAUCUUUUGUUCACUAAAUAGGACACAAUGUCAUGUUCUCUGUAAUGAAUUAACAACAGACAUACUAGUAAGGUUAAAAUUUGUUCAUUUUCAACAACUUCAGGUAAGAGUGGGGAAGUUCAAAGUUAUUGUUUAUUUAAACCUAAUAUUUAUUUUCACAGAUUGCAAUUACUCAGCUGAUUUGCUUUUGAUGAUAAUAUUUAUCACAAAAGUUUAAGGUGUUCUGCACAUUCAUAUCUAAUAAUUUUUUUCUACAGUAUAUGAAUUUGAUUAAACCCUGACUUUUAAGAAUUUCAUAAUAGAUGUAUACAUAGAAAAUUUGGCAAAAAAAAGAAAAUUUAGCCAAAAAAAGAAGAGAUAGGGUCAUGUCCCUGAUUUUUUUUACCAGAAUUAUUUGAAAAAGAUGGAACUUGCACAAGUUUUCACAAUAGUAGUCUGUGAGAAAACCAUGGUUUUGAUGACCUUUUCGCAAAUAGAAAUUUUUCUGAAACUUAGAUUUAAUGGAAAUUCACAAAUUUGUAAAAAAAAAAAAAAAAAACAACAUACAGUCUAUAAUAUGGUGAGGUCUGUGCUUGCUUUCGAGAUAUUUGCAGGUCCAUAUAUUUCGAGUGACAUUAUUUGGAAUUGUUAAGUAUGUUACACUUCUAAAUAUCAAAUUUAUAUCUUUAGAAAGUUGGUGAAGUUGCCAUUUUAAUAAAUUUACUGUGUUGGUGCGCCGUAAAACCCAAAUAGAUAAAUAAAUUUACUCACAAGCUGCCAUAAAGUUAUAAGUGAUUUUCGUUCACCAAGUCCAGACUUAGUUCUACUUCAUCUGGAUAAAUUACUCUUACUUCCGUUUGUUAAAACAUUCAUAUGUACCUUAACAGAAAAAUACUUUGAUUUGUUUAGCUUCUUUUGGUGCAUGUUACCAUAGUAUAUAUUUUAUUUGAUAAACCUCGUAAUUCAUUUUACCUAAGUAAUUAUUACUUUUCUAUUCCCUCCAUUCAAUUUAUUAUUUUUAUUUUAUAUUUUCCAUAGACAAUGCUGUGAUAUUUUCAAGUUUGAUUAUUGUAAAACUUUGUUUUGAAUCCAAGUUGAUAUAGAUUUACAUUGUAAUUUGCUUUUCAAGCAUUAAAAUGUCACUAUUUUACAUUC